UGGUGGGAGCUCCCUAUGAAAGCAAUGGCCAGCAGAAGACUGGAGAUGUCUACAAGUGCCCAGUGAGCAGUGACCCCCAGAGCAACUGCACCAAACUCAACCUAGGUCGGGUGACUCUCUCCAAUGUCUCCGAGAGGAAGGACAACAUGCGCCUGGGGCUCAGCCUGGCCACCAACCCCAGGGACAGCAGCUUCUUGGCCUGCAGCCCUCUCUGGUCCCACGAGUGUGGGAGCUCCUACUACACCACGGGCAUGUGCUCCAGGGUCAACUCCAACUUCAGGUUCUCCAAGACGGUGGCUCCAGCUCUGCAGAGGUGCCAGACUUACAUGGACAUCAUCAUCGUGCUGGAUGGCUCAAACAGCAUUUACCCUUGGGUUGAAGUUCAGCACUUCCUGAUAAACAUCUUGAAAAAAUUUUAUAUUGGCCCUGGCCAGAUCCAAGUUGGAGUUGUUCAGUAUGGAGAAGAUGUGGUCCACGAGUUUCAUUUAAAUGACUACAGGUCUGUAAAAGAUGUGGUAGCAGCUGCCAGUCACAUCGAGCAAAGAGGAGGGACAGAAACCAGGACUGCCUAUGGCAUCGAGUUUGCUCGCUCGGAAGCAUUUCAGAAAGGUGGUCGGAAAGGGGCAAAGAGAGUGAUGAUUGUCAUCACAGAUGGAGAGUCCCACGACAGCCCUGACCUGGAGAAGGUGAUCGAGGACAGCGAGAGGGACAACGUCACCAGAUACGCCGUGGCGGUCCUGGGUUAUUACAACAGAAGAGGGAUCAAUCCUGAAGCCUUUCUGAAGGAGAUCAAGUUCAUAGCCAGCGACCCAGAUGACAAACAUUUCUUCAAUGUCACAGAUGAAGCAGCACUCAAGGACAUCGUGGAUGCUCUGGGGGAAAGGAUAUUUAGUUUGGAAGGAACCAACAAGAAUGAAAUCUCCUUUGGCCUGGAAAUGUCCCAGACUGGAUUUUCAUCACAUGUUGUGGAAGAUGGGAUCUUGCUGGGGGCAGUGGGUGCCUACGACUGGAACGGAGCUGUCCUGAAGGAAACCAGCAGUGGGAAAGUCAUUCCCCUGAGGGAAUCCUAUCUCCAGGAAUUCCCUGAGGAGCUGAAAAAUCACGGAGCUUAUUUAGGCUACACCGUGUCCUCUGUCAUAUCCACCAACCACGAGAGGAUUUACGUUGCUGGAGCUCCCAGGUUCAACCACACGGGGAAGGUCAUCAUCUUCAGCAUGCACAGCACCCGAAACCUCACCAUCCACCAGGCCCUGAAGGGCGAGCAGAUCGGCUCCUACUUCGGCAGUGAAAUCAGCUCCCUGGACGUGGAUGGUGAUGGUGUCACAGACGUGCUGCUGGUGGGAGCUCCCAUGUUCUUCAGCGAGGGCCGGGAGCGGGGCAGGGUCCACGUCUACACCCUGCGGGAGAACCUCUUCGUUUCCAGUGGUGCCCUCGUGGAUCUCCAGAGCUACCAGAACUCCCGCUUCGGCUCCUGCAUCGCCGCCGUCCCCGACCUCAACCAAGACUCCUACAACGACCUCGUUGUUGGGGCCCCUUUGGAGGACGAGCACCAAGGAGCCAUCUACAUCUUCCUGGGCUUUGAGAAAACCAUCCUGAAGCAGUACAAGCAGAGGGUGGCAGCUGCUGAGCUGGCCCCAGGGUUGAUGUAUUUUGGAUGCAGCAUCCAUGGGCAGCUGGACCUGAACGAGGAUGGGCUGGUGGACCUGGCUGUGGGCUCCCUGGGGAAUGCUGUGCUGCUGUGGUCCCGCAGCGUGGUCCAGAUCAACGCCAGCAUCCACUUUGAGCCCCCCAAGAUCAAUAUUUUCACCAAGGACUGCAAGAGGAAUGGGAAGGAGGCCACCUGCAUGACAGCCUUCACCUGCUUCACCGCUGUCUUCCUCUCAGCUCACUUCCAGACAGCCAGUGUGGUGCUGCGGUACAACGGGACCAUGGAUGAGCGGAGGUACAACCCCCGGGCUUACCUGGAUGAGAGUGGGGAGAGGCAGAUGCAGAAGGGGCUGGAGCUCCAGGCUGGCCAGGAGCACUGUGACAAACUCCACUUCCAUGUCCUGGACACAGCUGACUACGUGAAACCUGUCACCUUCUCCAUCGACUACGAGCUGGAGCCCCCUGAGCACGGCCCCAUGCUGGAUGAGGGGUGGCCCACAUCCCUCAGGGUCUCGGUCCCUUUCUGGAAUGGGUGCAAUGAGGAUGAGCACUGUGUCCCUGACCUGGUCCUGGAUGCCAGGAGUGAUGUGCCCAGUGCCAUGGAUUAUUGCAGGAGGGCCCUGAGGAAGACCCCCCAGGACUGCUCAUCCUUCAGCCUCUCCUUUGACACCUCCAUCUCCAUCCUGGAGAGCAGCAGGAGGAGAGUGGCCGUGGAGGCAACGCUGGAAAACCGAGGGGAAAACGCCUACAGCACCAUCCUCAACAUCUCCUUCUCCAGGAACCUCCAGUUUGCCAGCUUGAUCCCCAAGGACGACACAGACAUCAACAUAGAGUGCCUGACUGAGGAGAAGAACCCCCACAGGAGGGUCUGCAACGUCAGCUACCCCUUCUUCAGAGCCAAGGCCAAGGUGGCUUUCCGCCUGGAUUUGGAGUUCAGCAAAUCCGUUUUCCUGCAGAACCUGGAGAUUUCCCUGCUGGCCAGCAGUGACAGCGAGGAGAAGGAAAGCACCAAGCAGGACAACGUUGCCCACCUCAAGUUCCACCUGAAAUACGAAGCUGAUCUGCUCUUCACCAGAGCAUCCAGCCGGGAUUACUACGAGGUCAGGUCCAACAGCUCCCUGGAGAGCCCCGGGCCCCCCUUCCACUGCAGCUUUAGGCUCCAGAACCUGGGCUUCUUCCCCGUGGAAGGGGUGACCAUCAAGCUCACCAUCCCUGUAGCCACCAGGGCUGGCAACCGCCUGCUGCUCCUCACCCAGUUCCUGGUGGACCAGGAGUACACAACCUGCAACAUCUGGGGAAACACCACAGACUACAGGAGGACCCCAUCGGAGGAGGACCUGACCCGUACCCCACACCUGAACCACAGCAACUCGGACGUGGUGGCCAUCGACUGUGACGUGAAACUGGGCCCCAACGAGGAGCUGAACCUGCAGCUGGGUGGCAACCUCUGGAUGGAGUCUCUGAAAGCACUGAAGUUCAAGGCACUGAAGAUCACCACCACUGCCUCUCUCCAGCGCCGCUUCGGGAGCCCCUUCAUCUUCCGUGAGGAGGAUCCCAGCAGGCAGGUAACCCUGGAGAUCUCCAAGGCUGAGGAAUGGCAGAUUCCCACCUGGAUCAUCCUGGGAAGCACCUUGGGAGGGCUCCUGCUCCUGGCCCUGCUGGUCCUGCUGCUCUGGAAGCUUGGAUUUUUCCAGAGUGGGAGCCAGAGGAGAGCAGCAGAGAGGGCAGGGGAUCCCCAGGAGUGAUUUCUUUGUUC